GGAACUAGUUGAAUGGUUGUGAUUUCAUUUUUCCUAUUGUGGUGCAUGAAUUUAUCUUCAACGUGCUCCGGCUGCCGUUGGAAGUAGUUCCGGUGGUGUAGCAGCCGAGCGGAGCACCGAGAGACCCGGGAUCUUCGUGUUGUGAGCGCAAAUGCGAAUAGCGGGUCGAGCCCGGCUGUCAUGACUGUCAAACGACCACAGCAGCGGUCAGUUUGACGCCUGCAGAGCAACGUGCACGCAGACCAAGUGACAGCGUAAGGGCACCGCUGGAGCUUUUGUCUUCGACUGGAUUUUUCAAGUGCAGAAUAGGCGUCUGGAGCUCCUGAACCAGAGUACCACAAAUCGAGCCGGUUCCUAUUCGUUUACCACGCAGUGGCAAAAUGAAGAACUUGUGAACAUGCACGAGGGAAGGACUCUGCCUUUCACAGUGGUGACUUCCCCAGAUGCUUUGGCACAAAGAAAGAUGGAAAGGAAUGGGAAGAACUUGAGCCAAAGCUGCUGCACAGCACCCAUUCAGUGAGCCAACAGGAAAUCCUUUAUAGGCAACCUCGCUGAACCUCUCAACGUUUCCUUUUGACACCUUGACCUUCAAAGCACCAUGACCUCUGAGCUGGAGAGUAGCCUGACAUCAAUGGACUGGCUGCCCCAGCUCAGCAUGAGGGCAGCCAUCCAGAAGGCAGGCACAGGACACCACCACCACGUACACCACCACCACACUCACCAUCCCGGGCACGGCCCUGCCAAGAAAAUUGCCCAUCUGGAUCCAGGAACAACGCUGGACCAGGAAGAAGCUGCACAGCACAGAGAUGGUAAACCACCCUACAGCUACGCCAGUCUCAUCACCUUUGCCAUCAAUGGCUCACCGCGCAAACGGAUGACCCUUAGUGAGAUCUACCAGUGGAUAUGUGACAACUUCCCCUACUAUCGAGAGGCAGGCAGUGGCUGGAAGAAUUCUAUACGACACAAUCUGUCCUUGAACAAGUGUUUUCUCAAAGUGCCUCGCUCCAAAGAUGACCCUGGAAAAGGUUCCUACUGGGCCAUAGACACCAAUCCUAAGGAGGACACAGUACCCAGCAGGCCAAAGAAGAGACCGCGCUCUGGAGAAAGGGCGUCGACUCCUUACAGCCUGGAGUCAGAGUCUUUGAGGAUGGACUGCAUCAUGUCAGGAGGGGCAUCUCCUACUCUGGCCAUCAAUACUGUAACCAACAAGGUAGCACUGUACAACCCUGAGGCAGAAGGCAGUGAGAGUCCUGGGAGUCUGGGUGGCAGCCUGAGCAACAGUCUCUCAGAGCAGAGUUUGGCGUCCGUCAACCUUAACAACCUGAACACUGCCGUCAGCAGCAGCAGCAACGUACACAGCUACACACCGGACCUCAGCGCUUCUUUCCGCAGCCUUUACAAGUGUGUCUUCGAGCAGUCCUUCUCGCAGCAAGCGGGUUUGAUGGGCAUGCCCAUUGACUCCAGCCAGCAGCCCCGGACUGCCUGCUCCUACCAGCACUCCCCUGGUGUGGGAGGCAGCGGCAGCCACCACCACCAACACAACCACGGCCAGUCGUCCCACCACCCCCAUCUCCCUCAACAGCACCUCCCCUCUCACCCCACUCAUAGCCAGCACCAGUCGCAUGGUCAGCACCAACAGCACUCGUCUCUCUCUCACCAGAGUCACACUGGACAGACCUGCACCGCAACCGGUUUGUCGUCAGACUGGUACCCCAAUCUGGACUGGCUGAAAGAAAGCUGCCGCAUUGCUACCAGCUAUAACUGGGCUGACGUGGACCUCUCCCCAUUUCAAGGUCUAAAGGAAAGCAUGCGACAGGCUGAACUCAACAACUGGUCACUGGAUGCUGCCCAGAUGGCUGACCUGUGCUCCUCCAUUAACCAGUUCUUCACAGCCACAGGCGUCAUCCCCCCUCAAAGCGCCACCCACCCACAACCUCAGGUCCAACACCCGACUCCACCAGGGGCGCCACAGCACCCGGCUCAGCCGCACAGGGCGAUGCACCCAAAGGCCAGCCAGCACAAUCAUCACGGACAACACAACCAACACAACCAACACAUCAGCACCGGAAACAUGUACAUGGACUCCAGACAAAACAUCUCUCCUCUAAUGGGCCCACCAGGAUACCCCCACAUGCCUCCCAUGAGCAACACGGCUCCCACAAUGACAGGUGACUCCUCCCUCGCUCUCUUGACAGGUCAUCCCAGCCAGCUGAGCCAGCAGCAGCAACCGCACACUCUGCCUCCGGGACACUUUCAGGUGAGACGCAUGCUCACAGCGGACGACAUCCAGGACGACUUUGACUGGGACUCCAUUGUCUAAAGUGAGCCAUCGGUUGAACGGAGGGAUGAGGAGAGAGACUGGAGAUGAGAAGGUGACACAGAGAUGAUGUGAUGACGGGCGAGAUGUGGAGCCAGCCAGCCUGCCCGUGUGACCAGUGUGAUAAAAAACAGAAGACAAUCCAACAGAAAACUAAUGGAAAGUACAUUUUUAACAAUUUUGCUGGCCUUUUUUUUUCUGGUACAAGUGGAUGAGGACUCUUAAGACAAUCAUUUAAAAAACAAGACAAAUAAAAUUAGACCAAGCCAAGAUGUAAACACACAUUGUCCGAAGCAAAAGGACAUCUGAAGUACUCUGAGUUGUGUCACGUUGUGUUCCCCAGUGCCAACAGGGUUACAAGUCACCAAAGUGUUGUUAAAUUGUCUGUGAAUUGUUUCCUUUUUGUAUUCUUAAAUCUUUGGUUUGACCAGCUACUGUACAUCUCGUGUCCCAUGUCUGUAAAUUCCAACACCUUUGUCUUCGUCUUUAAUGUCUUUCACACACGAUUUCAUUCUUUUCUCCUUGUGACAUUUCUUUGUUCAUUCUGUUACAGGACAUCUUUGUGGCUCAUUUACACUCUAGUUAAAGGGAGGAUUUUUGGAGAAGAAAGUCAACGUGCUCAGCUUGAGUUAGUAACAGUUGAGUGGAGCACCACCUGCUGGUUAAAACAGGCACUAUUUUGGUUCCUCUGCCUACAAAAGUUCUAUGCACCACAAUCUGUUCUUUCUUUAUGUCUUCUGUCGCUCAAUUUUUCAAAAACUUUUGUUUAUUUUAUCAUUUUAAAUGUCACGUUUGUGUGUGGGGGGGGCAGUCCAUGGUGCCAUGUUCUCAGGGUGUGACAUUCAUGUACUGUACAUCUUUGUCAUUCCGUCUCUACAGUGUAUAUGUGAAGCUGUGUGUUGUACGGUGCUGUCAGUGUUCACUUCCUGUUGGUGAACAGCAAGUGACUGUGGUUCAACGGUUUAAAAUAUUCAUUUGUCAUCUUAUAAGCUAACUAAUAUACUCUGGGGGAGGGGGAUCAGUAGCUCAAACAGCCACCACUUAAAUUGAAAGUGAAAAACUGGCUAGACCUGGACUUUGACAACAAUAAUACAUUGUUUUUGAGAUAUAUUUCAGUUUUUCAAAGGUGUCAAAAUUUUGGGAAAGUGCAUAUCAAUUAUGAGCAGGCAAAGGAGGUUGACAGUGAUUUCAAGUUGCCUCGUUUAGGACAAGGUGAGCAGUUUUUGCACAAGCUUGAUUGCACCUAGUGAAUGAGAAGAAUGAAAGAAAAGACAUUUCAAAAAAAUAGUCGAUAAGCAAAGGAUCAAAGACGAAGCAAAAGUCUUAAAUACUCAGCCUUUUUUUUUUUACUGUGAUGUUUAGUUUUGUCUGUGUACAAGUGUGUAUAGUCGUCUCUGAUUUCCUUUAGCAUACAGUUCCAUACAGAUUAAAAAAAUACACAUAGAAACAAAUAAUUGGUUUUGUAUUAAGUGGGUAUGGGACCUUAAAUUGCUGUUUGCUUUGGAAGAGCUCUGUGAUUGUUUGGAUGGUCAAAACGCGGUCUCGUUGUAGAAAAAAAAAAGAAAAAUAUUGUAUUACAGUGACCAGCAUAUAUAUCUUGAAUGUUUAUGUGUUGUUGUUCUUGUAAAUAACAGUAUGUUGCUUCUCUGUUUGCCCUCGAAAAACAGACUGAUCAAAA